GCUCAAAGCCUGCAUCUUCUUCUGCCCUGUCAAGUGUCGAAUUGAUCUUAAAGACAUCACGCCGAAAGCCCUAAACAUCAGAUUUUCCGAUCCGCAAUUUUCCAGCCCCUUUAGGGUUUCUGAAAUCUCGACCACCGAUUACCAGCAAUGGCGAUGGCAGCAGCUGUGCGACGAGAGGGGAGGCGCUGCUUCUCCCCUCUGACCACCCCCAAACCGAUCGCCGCCAUCCGAUCCUCUCUCAUCCCCCCCGCCGACGAGCAGGCCCCUUGUGGAGUACGUUCUAUUUCCACUCAAGUGGUUAGGAACCGGAUGAAGAGUGUGAAGAAUAUCCAAAAAAUUACAAAGGCAAUGAAGAUGGUUGCAGCCUCAAAGCUAAGAGCUAUUCAAACUAAAGCUGAAAAUUCUCGUGGCUUAUGGCAGCCUUUUACUGCACUUCUUGGUGACGCUCCCAGUGUUGAUGUUAAGAAAAAUGUCAUCGUUACCAUUUCUUCUGACAAAGGUCUAUGUGGUGGAAUCAAUUCUACUUCAGUCAAGAUAAGCAGGAGUUUUUACAAGUUGGCUUCUGGUCCUGACAAAGAAACAAAAUAUGUUAUCUUGGGAGAAAAGGCAAAAGUUCAAAUGAUCCGUGACUCAAAGAAGGACAUUGAGUUAUCAAUUACUGAGUUGCAGAAGAAUCCUUUGAAUUAUACUCAGGUGUCUGUUCUUGCUGAUGACAUUUUGAAGAAUGUGGAAUUUGAUGCUUUGAGAAUUAUCUUUAACAAGUUCCAUUCCGUUGUCUCAUUUAUCCCAACAAUGUCGACUGUAUUGUCUCCAGAGGUUGUUGAGAAAGAGUCUGAAGCUGGCGGAAAUAUUGGUGAUCUAGACGCCUACGAGAUUGAAGGUGGUGAGACAAAGUCAGAAAUACUCCAAAAUCUGGCAGAGUUCCAGUUUUCUUGUGUCUUGUUCAAUGCUGUGUUGGAGAAUGCUUGCAGUGAACAGGGGGCAAGGAUGUCUGCCAUGGAUAGCUCAAGCAGAAAUGCUGGAGAGAUGCUUGAUCGUCUCACACUUACUUAUAACAGAACUCGUCAAGCAUCUAUCACCACCGAAUUGAUUGAGAUCAUUUCUGGAGCAUCAGCGCUUGAAGGCUAAGCAUGAGACCCAUGGCACCUACGGUGACGAAAUAAGGUUUCAGCAAGAGGCUUUGUUUGAACUUACGCUACCUUUUGAGUCGUUCCUUCAGUUUCAAUAAUCACACCAGAAUCAAGCUUCGUUUCUGGGACCCCAAACAUCUUCGUUUCAAUUGAUUUUUGGAUUUUGUUUUCCUUUGUACUUUGUACACAGUUCAUAUUUAAUGAUCAAAGGCUUUUUGUAAAAUUUUACACAAUCAUCUUUCCUGUGAAAGGGAACUUGACACAAAUGUCUAAGUAGCUUUCCUCUA